AUGGCUGCGAACUCUAAGGACGAGAACAGCUCGAACAAAGCUAAACCAGUUGUCGAUUUAGGUAUUCUUGAAGCGGACGACGAUUUUGAGGAAUUUCCGGCAGAUAGUUGCACGAUUGGUACAUGUGAAGAUAAUGGCGAAGUAUCCCUCUGGGAGGAUAAUUGGGAUGACGAUAUCGUAGAGGAGGAGUUUUCGACUUUGUUAAGGUAUGGAAGGUCUUUAUUGACGGUCUUUAGGGCCGAAUUUCAAAAGUUGGGCAAAGCAUUCGUUCUUCCGGAUAUUGUACCUUCUAAAAUGUAA